AACUAUGAGUGCACAACUAUUAGAAACUUCUUCAAAAUCACGAAAACCUAGAAAUUCUGCUUUUUUUCAACAAAAACUCCCGGCAUGGCAACCAAUGUUUACUGCUAAAAAAUCUGGAAUAGCUUUCACAGUUUUUGGAAUUGUGCUGAUACCUAUUGGUAUUAUAUUACUAACGGCAUCAAAUAAUGUUGUAGAAUAUCUUGUGGACUAUACAGAUUGUACUCAGAAUGGUACUGAAGAGUUAUGCUCUCAAGUAAUUGCCUUGGGGAAACCGUGUGUUUGUGUUAAACAUAUUUCUGUUGAAUCGUCUAUUCCUGGACCUGUUUAUUUAUAUUAUGGUUUAAACAACUUUUAUCAAAAUCAUCGGCGAUAUGCACGAUCUAAAAAUGAUGAACAGUUGCUUGGUAUUUAUCAAGACCCAAGUUCAUUAUCUUCGUGUAACCCAUAUGUAUCAAUUGAGGGUAAACCAAUACUUCCAUGUGGUGCAAUCGCAAACAGUAUAUUUAAUGACACAUUUAUUCUGACAUAUAUACGGAAUGAUAAUACCAAAGUUACUGUCACAACCACAUCAAACGGUAUAGCAUGGCCUUCCGAUGUCAAUCGCAAAUUCGGGACCUUGAAUGCAAACGCUCUCAAUAAUACAGUCAAGCCACCUAAUUGGCCUCAACCAAUUCAAGCGAGAUCUUCAAGUCCAUUUAAGACUGAUGAAGCUCUAUUAGUAUGGAUGAGAAUAGCUGCCUUGCCAAACUUUCGUAAAUUAAGCGCUUUUGUAGUUCAUAAAGAUGAUUUCUCAAAUGGUUUACCCUCAGGAACGUAUGAAAUUGUUAUUAAUUACUUUUAUCCAGUUACUUCAUUUGGUGGUAGAAAAACAUUUAUAUUAGCCAAUGCUAGUUGGUUAGGUGGAAAAAAUCCAACACUUGGAAUUAUUUGUUUAAUUACUGGUUCUAUACAUAUAUGCCUUGGUAUAGCAUUCCUUAUUGUGCAUUUUGUAUAUGGUAAACGAAAAGCUCGUCAAAGUCCACCAGUCUUUUCAUGAUCUCAUUUAUCAUUAUGACAUUAUAUAACAAUACAUUCUAUAGAAGGUAUAAAACAAAGGGGUAAACUCUAUUAUUCAUUAUUAUUAUUAUUAUUAUUAUUAUUAUUAUUAUUAUUAUUAUUUUAAAUGUUUAUUGUGAAUAAAUCAGUCCUAGUUGCUUGUUCUUUUAAUCUUUAAGCUGUUGUUGUUUAUUUGUUUAUUAUUAAAGAAAAACAGAACAAUAACACAUAUCAUUUAUAAUGUUUAUUAUUAUUAUUAUUUAUUAUAUAUUAUAUAUUUUUUAAAUUUUUUUUCUUUUUGGACAAGACAAAAAACCAUCACCCCCCCCUCGUAUUUUCAGUUGUUUCUAACUGGAAAUUUCUCUUUAUUUUUUUCUUUUUUUUUGUUAUCUUAUUUUUAUCUGUAAAAUUAUUUAAUGGAUGUGUACACAAUACUGUACUGUGACUAAUAAUAAAUAAUCAAUGAUUAUAAUAAAACAAAAUGAGAGAAAAAAAGAACAACACAUAUACCAUACACUGUUGAAAUUCAA